AUGUGUCUUCCCCCAGUAAUAAAGGAACGACAUACAGGGGCGUGGAUCGAGAAGUUUGCUCAAAUUCUCCCUCCUUUUAUGCUUGAUCACCCACUGAACACGAAACUGGACUUAGACAGGUUUUUCAAGAACAUCUUCACGCUGGCAGCCAACACGUUCUUCUUAGACAGUUCAAGACCAUGUACCCGGUUUGAAUGGUGGGACGACAACCUUACAGAAAAGCUCAUAGGUUUAUCCGACGAGUCAUCAGCCACAAUAACACGAGCCAUCCUGAACCACAAACAGGACUACUACUUGACGAAGGCUGAUCAGUCUAACUGUAGAACUCUCUGGAUGGCCGCCCGGCAGUACAAACGUAAGGAUCCGUGUCCCAUAGCACAAAUCAACGACAAAGAUACCUUUCUCGGAAUGGACGAGGAGUUCACACAGGCCUACUUUUCAGACAGGGCCUCAACAGUCUUUGCCCCUCUACAAUACAAUCCCAAAGUAGAAGGCCUUGACGACUACUUCACAUUCCCAGAAUUCAUGGAGUCUCUACACCAAAUCAAUAAGUCUGUUUUGCCUAGCAUAUCCGGACUCACUCGUACACCCACAGAAGCACUGUGCCAUACGUUUGAUCAUAUGUUUGCCAAUGUACUACAAUGGAUACAAGAUCUGGAAUAUAUUCCCACUCCACUCAGACGUACACAGGUGUCAAUCAUAUCGAAAAUGAAGGACCGAGCACCUGACUCGCCUCGAGCAUAUCAGCCUAUUUCAGUUGAAGAAACCUUCACAAAGGCAAUUGCUAAGAUAUAUGCUGAAAAGUGUACAACAAUAAUGGAGACCCACCCAGCGUUCCCGAAGGAGAUAUACAGCAGAAGGAAGCAUCUUUCUACAGCGGACGCAAUAUACGACCUACACGCCUUUGUCAGGAAGAACAUCAGAACGACACGAGAACAGUCUCAUGCCUGCCCUCUCGCACUUUUCGUUGAUAUCCAGGGAUUCUUUGACAAUAUUCCUCUAGAUUAA